GUAAGAUAUAUAUGCCCCUCAUCACUCAAGUUAGCCAUCUCACUCUAUUUCCACACAUAUUUGCAUACUACCCUCUCCGAUUCUCCCUCACUUCCAACUCAUACCGUCCACACAAGUACAUUUGACGACCAAUGAGCAUCUCAGAGCUGAAAAUGAGGAAUUUGAUUGAGGAAAUAAGGAGUCUAAGGUUCAUAACUGCUGUUAAAACUCCAUACCUAACCAAUGGCCAAAUUGAUCUUGAAGCAUAUGAUAACUUGGUGAAAAUGCAAAUUGCAAACGGGGUUGAAGCAAUUCUUGUUGCUGGCACAACUGGUGAUGGCCAAUUGAUGAGUUUGAAUGAAAAAAUAAUGCUAAUUGGCCACACAGUCAACAAAUUUGGUGACAAAGUUAAGGUAAUUGGUAAUGCAGGAAGCAACUCCACAUCACAAGCAAUUAGUAUCACUGAACAAGGUUUUGCUGUUGGAAUGCAUGCUGCACUUCAUAUAAACCCUUACUAUGGAAGAACCUCAAUGGAUGGCUUGGUUGCUCACUAUAACAGUGUUCUUUCAAUUGGUCCUGUGAUCAUAUAUAACAUACCAACAAGAACUGCUCAAGAUGUUCCUCCUAGUGUGGUUGAAAAAUUGGCAAAAAAUCCAAACUUGGUUGGUGUGAAGGAGUGCUUUGGAAAUGACAGGGUGAAAUUGUAUGCAGAUAAAGGGAUUGUUGUGUGGACUGCAAAUGAUGAAGAAAGCCAUGAUGCUAGAUGGGAAUUUGGGGCUGUUGGGAAUAUGUCUGUUGCUAGUAAUUUGAUUCCUGGUUUGAUGAGAAAACUCAUAUUUGAGGGGAAGAAUCCUUCACUGAAUUCAAAGGUCAUGCCUCUGUUUGACUGGCUUUGCCUGGAGCCAACCCCAAUUGCUUUGAACACUGGUCUUGCUCAACUUGGGGUUAUCAAGCCAGUUUUUAGGCUACCAUUUGUGCCUCUCAAAUUGGAAAGAAGGGUAGAGUUUGUCAAAUUGGUAAAGGAAAUUGGUAGAGAGCAUUUUGUUGGGGAAAAAGAUGUUCAAGUUCUUGAUGACAAUGAUUUUAUCAUUGUUGGUCGAUAUUAAUCAUGUAUGGGUUUGUAUGUACUUUCCAAGGCAUGCCAAAGUUCAAAAAUCAAAUAAUGUACCAUAGUGUGAGUCCAAGUAAAAACAAUGUGUGAUUGUUUUAAGGCAACCAAAUAAUUGAUAAGGUUUGUAGAA